CCGGACACGUUAUUGUUGCAUCAGCAUCCAACCAGUAAGCACUGUGGCUAUGUCGAGCUCAGGAGAUCCAGCCUUUGAGUUUGGCUUCUUGCUGCAGAUAAAUGAGGAGGCUGCGCUGACAGCUGCCCUGAAUGACUACCUUACCUCACGCAGCUACCUGGCGGGGUUCGGCCCCUCCCAGGCCGACCUGAAAGCCUUUAAGCUCCUCCACAGGCCCCCCGAUCCACAACAUGUCCACGCGCUGCGCUGGUACAGACACAUAGGCGCCCUGCAGCAGGACCUCAGCACACAGAGCAGCAUGAGGGAGAAGCGGGUCCAGCCUCCGUGGUCUCCUCCAGCAGGGACCAACGUUCCCCAGCUGCGACUCUACAACAGCCUGACCAGAGCAAAGGAGCCGUUUGUACCCCAGAAGGGGAAUAAAGUGACGUGGUACUGCUGUGGGCCGACGGUGUAUGACGCCUCACACAUGGGACAUGCUCGGUCCUACAUAUCUUUUGACAUCCUGCGAAGGAUUCUGAAGGAUUACUUCAAGUAUGACGUCCUCUACUGCAUGAACAUCACGGACAUAGAUGACAAGAUUAUUAAAAGGGCCCGGCAGAACUACCUUCUGGACCAGUACAAAGAGAAGCAGCCGCAAGCUGCCCAGAUACUGCAGGAUGUCCUGAGUGCCCGAGGGCCCUUUCAGGAGUAUUUGGCUUCCACCACUGACCCGGAUAAGAAGCAGAUGCUGGAGCGGCUGGACGAUGCCGUCUCCGCCGCUCUGCAGCCCCUGCAGGCAGCAAUGGAGAGCAAAGCAGCGGACCAGGUCCUGCAGCCUCUCGCACAGACGUUGUUGGACAGUUCCAAGGAUUUGCUCGCCGACUGGUUGGACAAACAGUUUGGAAGUCAAGUUACAGAGAAUUCCAUCUUCUCCAUCCUCCCUAAAUACUGGGAGGGAGAGUACCACAAAGACAUGGAAGCCCUGAACGUUCUUCCUCCAGACGUCCUCACUCGCGUCAGCGAAUAUGUGCCCGAGAUCGUGGAGUUUGUGAAGAAGAUCGUCUCCAACGGUUACGGAUACGAGUCGAACGGUUCGGUUUACUUCGACACCUCCAAGUUCGACGCCAGUCCCCAGCACUCAUACGCCAAACUGGUCCCAGAAGCUGUCGGAGAUCAGAAAGCUCUGCAGGAGGGGGAAGGUGACCUGAGCAUCUCUGCAGAAAGACUGAGUGAGAAAAAGUCCCAGAAUGACUUUGCUCUGUGGAAAGCUUCCAAACCCGGAGAGCCGUCGUGGGACUCCCCGUGGGGGAAGGGUCGGCCCGGGUGGCACAUCGAAUGUUCGGCUAUGGCCGGGUCCAUCUUGGGGGAGUCGAUGGAUAUCCACGGCGGAGGGUUCGAUCUCCGAUUCCCUCACCAUGACAACGAGUUGGCUCAGUCUGAGGCUUUCUUUGAGAACGACUACUGGGUCCGUUACUUCCUGCACACCGGUCACCUGACCAUCGCAGGCUGCAAGAUGUCAAAAUCCCUCAAAAAUUUUAUCACCAUUAAGGAGGCGUUGGCAAAGAACACAGCUCGUCAGCUCCGUCUGGCUUUCCUGAUGCAUUCCUGGAAGGACACCCUCGACUACUCCUCCAACACGAUGGAGUCGGCCGUCCAGUACGAGAAAUUCCUGAACGAGUUCUUCCUGACCGUGAAGGACAUCCUGCGCGCUCCCACCGAUAUCACCGGCCGCUUUGAGAAGUGGGAGGCCGAAGAGGUGGCGCUGAACAACAGUUUCUACGACAGGAAGUCGGCCGUCCACGAGGCUCUGUGUGACAACAUGGACACGCGCACCGCCGUGGAGGAGAUGAGGGUGCUGGUCGGCCACAGCAACAGUUACAUCGCCAGCAGGAAGAGCGCCAAGCUGAGGCCCAACCGCAUGCUGGUGGAAAGCAUCGCCGCCUACCUCACCAGCAUGCUGAAGAUAUUCGGUGCGAUUGAAGGAUCGGAGCCCAUCGGGUUCCCCAUGGGAGGACCAAGCCAUGGUGUUGAUCUGGAGAGCACGGUGAUGCCGUACCUCACGGUGCUGUCGGACUUCAGGGAGAAAGUCCGGAAUAUCGCCCGGGAGCAGAAGGUGGUGCAGCUGCUGCAGCUGUGCGACAUCAUCCGUGACGACACGUUACCGGAGCUGGGCGUCCGACUGGAGGAUCAUGAAGGUUUGCCCACUGUGGUGAAACUGGUGGACAAGGAGACAUUACUGAAGGAGAAAGAAGAGAAGAAGAAGGUAGAAGAAGAGAAGAAAAGAAAGAAGGAAGAGGCGGCCCAGAAGAAGCAGGAGCAGGAGAUGGCUAAACUCGCCAAGAUGAAAGUCCCUCCCAGUGAAAUGUUCCGCUCGGAAACGGACAAGUAUUCCAAAUUUGAUGAAACGGGUUUCCCCACUCAUGAUGCAGAAGGGAAGGAGCUCAGCAAGGGUCAGGCCAAGAAGCUGCGCAAGCUGUACGAGGCCCAGGAGAAGCUGCACGCCGAGUAUCUGACCCACAACAGCAACUGAGUGUCCUGCUGUCCAGCCAUCCAGAAACACACCCUCACUCUUAAAUCAGCAGAUGCUGGGUUGUCUUGCCUCCACCUCACCACGUUUUUUUCUUCUUCUUUCUUUUUAUUUCUUUGUCGUAAGGUUUCAAAAGCAUUAAAAAUCAUUCUACGUUUUUCCAACAUGAAGGAGUAAUAUGAACGAAUCACUAAAAAUGGACUUUGUAACGCUGCAGCUUGCAUUGGAAUAAAGAUCCUGCAGGAACUGGGGAGGAAGAAGGAAAAGCCAGCAUGCCUCUUAACGCCUCUGCUAACGGCCUCAUUCAGUCACAUUCAGAACAUUUCUCACUUUUGUUUGAAAAGUGAUUCCUUUGAGUCAGAUUUCCUGCUUUUACUGAAUUAUCAGGGUGAUUAUGGCAAAUUCCCAUGUUUUCCACGAUGUCACUUAAUAAAAUGUUAUAUUUCUUCUAAAGAUG